AUGAAGAGCAUUUGGACUUUAAGGAUGAAGGUGUUAAGAAUUGUUUAUAACACAGACUUAUACCUCAUAACUCCUAACUUUUAUUUAAUGAAAUUGAUUUUGGAAAUUUCAUGUCAAGAAAUACUGUGUUAUGUUUGUAACUGAUAACCAGAUAGCUUAAAUUGUAACAUAAAUAAAAGGAAGAAAAUGGAAAAGAAUAUAUAUAUAUAUAUAUAUAUAUAUAUACAUACAUACAUACACAAACACAUUAUAAGUAUUCAAUACUUUUUAAUUUAACUCAUAACUCAAGAAAUAAAAAUUAUACAAUUCAAAUUAUAACUUGAACUCCAACCUUAUUUUAAAAUUAUAGAACUGAGGAAUUCUCUCAUCAAGCUUUCUUUUGUAUAAUUUCUGAUAGUCUAUUAAUGUAUUGUUUAUAAAUAAUAUAUUUUUUACAAUAGUGAAGAUGACAACUUUCUCUUCAUCUCUAUUUUGAAAGUGCAAAAAAAAUUAUGCAAUAAAACAACAAUAAUGAAACUGUUCUGCAUUUCAUAAAGAAAUCAAUAACUUGAGUGGGUCACAAGAACUUUGAAUAUUGGAGUUUUUUUCUAAAACAAUUCAACAAAAUACAAUUUAAUAAUGAUAAUUCAAGAGAUUCAAUCUUUUUUGCAGAAAUAGUUGAAAUGGAUAUCAAACCCAAUGUGAUUAGGUAUUUUUGUUCAAAAUUAAAUUAGGUCAUUUAUUAAAUGCAUCAAAAUGGCAGCAAUUAGUAAAUGGGACGAAGCGUAUGAUGCGGAUUAUGUGGAUAAAAUGAUGGGGAAAGUUUUAGUUAAAGCAUGUGCGGCUGUGACCAUCAAUAAACCCAAUGACCCAAUUGAAUACCUAAGCUUGUGGCUUCACAAAUAUUGCGACAAUGCAAUUACAAUAAAAGAUUAUGAGAAUGAAAAGAUGCUUCAAAUGCAAAAGGAAGCAAAUGAGAAAGAAGCCCAAAUGAAAAAAUUUAUGAUUGAACAAGAAUUGAAACAACAACAAAACUCAACUUUGAAUCACAUGAGUUCCAUCACAAAUGAUCCAUAUCGACUAUGGGAAACUUGUUUGAGAUCUAUAACAACAUACACCGGGUGCCAAGCAGCCUAUAUAGCUGUGGUUGUAAGAAAGAUUUUUGAACCAAAACCAAUAAAAAAGAAAAAAACUGAGAACCAAGAAAAUGAAGAAGAGGAUGAAGAAGAAGAGGAGGAAGAAGAUGAAGAUGAAGACGGAGGUUCGGAUGCUACAAGUAUAGAUGAAGAACCUCCGGAAAUAGACGAAGAAAAAAAUGACGACAAAGGAAACAAAGAUGGCAAUGAAUCCAAAGAAGAAGUUGAUGAGGAAGAUGAUGAUGUAGAAGGAGAUGGUGAAGAAAAAAUAGAAAAUGAGCCACCCCCACUUAAACCAUUUAGAGCUCCAAAACCAUUUAAUUACAAAUCUAGAAGGCUUUUAUAUGUUGCGGCUACAUCACCCGCUCAUAUUCAUAUGUUGAAUCGACAAAUGGUUAUUAAACAAGGACCUGUCACAUUCUCUUUGCUUUUGGAUGGACUGCAAUCUCUACAUAUUCCUAAUGUUUUGUAUAAAGAAGGUAUUCAUUAUUUUGGAGGAUGUCCACGUGUUGGAGCUUAUUUUGUUGCACCCAUAUCCAUUGAAUACAUAGCUAAGAAAUAUUUAUCUGAAGAAUUUAAAAAUAAGCCACUGGAGAUGUUUGAUACUGUAAAACAGAAAAAAGUAAUUGCUCUUUUGUGUUGUGAUACUUUAAAAUCGGAUAGAACGGGAACUGGAAGGCCAUUUAAACCAAUUGAAUUAGACUUCUUUCAAGCAUGUGCUUCUACUAUGAGCAAAAUUUUGGACCAAAACAACAAAGAAAUUUUGAAACAUCACAACACGCCAAGCGUAAUUAAAAAGUUCAAAGAUCAAUUGAAAGAAAUCAAAUUAGCAAGAGUUGAACAGAUGAAAAAAGAGAAAGUUGACGCUCUCAAGCGUAAAAAAGUAAAAGAAAAAGCUAAUAAAUUAAAACAAUUCAAUGAAUUGCACAAAGCAUGGGAAGAGCAUCAAGCCGUAAAAGCUCGAAUAAAAGAAAAAUUAAAAAGACAAAGAGAAAGAAUGAAAAAGAUGUUAAAAAAAGAUGGUGAAGAAUUACAAAAAGAAGAACUAGAUUCCAAACAAAAAGAAGAAUUGGAGGAUAGUGAUGAGGAUGAUGAUCUUGAACCCAUUUUGGAAGACGAAUUGGAAGAAGAAGAGUCACCUCCCAUUGAAGAUGAAGAUGAAGAAAAACCUAAUUCUAGUUUAGAAGAAAACAAAGAAAUUAAUGAUGAAAAUGAAUUUGUUGAAGAAGAAUUAGAACCAAAUCCAAUGGUAGAAAUCAAAGAAGAAGAAGAAAAUGAAGAAAUAAGUGAAGAAGAAGAAAAUGAAGAUGAUAUACUUUUAGAAGAUGAAGAAGAAGAAGAAAAAGAAGAGCCAAACGUUGAAGAUGAUCCAAAUGUUGAUGGUGAAGAAGGGAUUGAAAAGCCAAAUGAGUCCGAAGCUAUGAUAAAGUUGAAAGAUAAAAAGAAAACCCAUGAAAAAAAAGAGAAAGAAAUCAAACAAAUUGUUAAAGGAAUGGCAAAGAGUGUAAAAGAAUUUGAAAGGAGGAGAAAAAAAGCAUUGGGUGCUCUUCAAAAACUAACACCAAAGAUUGAAAAAUAUGAAAGGGCAUUAUUCAUGGCAAAUGGAGUUGUGGAAUACUUGCGCAAACAUAUGCACAAUGCACAUAAUCUUAUUGUAGAAAACAAAAUUUCUCAACUUGAACAAAUGCAACGUUGGCCAUAUCCAAAUAGGCAUAUUCAAAGAAUUUUGAAAGCAUUAUUACAUCUUCUUGGACACAAAAAAUUGGUAAUAGAUGAUUGGGCAACUGCUCGUAAACUUUUCAAUUCAAAUUUAUUGGAUAAGGUUUUGAAAGAUUAUGAUCCAUUAAAAGCUAUUGAUCAAGACCGGUGGGAUAAUGUUGAUUCUUAUUUGAUUGGUCUAAAUGAGAAAAAGUUAUCAGAACUAGCAUGUAUAGGCUAUUUGCUUCAACAAUGGAUUUUAGCAUGCAAGAAAACCACUGCAGCCGGAAUAAAUUAUCAUAAAAUCAAAUCCAAGUUUGAUGAAUUAUCAAAAGAAUAUGCAACAUUAGAAAUGGAAAAAAUGGUAUGUGAUUUAGAGACUCAAAUGUUGAAUAAAAAAUUGAAAAAAAUUGUUGAUGAGGAAGAUAUGAGGGUUGAAAAGGAGAUAAAUGAAAUCGAAACAAUGGAAAGGCACCUAGCUAAACUCGCUGCCGAGGAAAAGCUUAAAAAAGAAAAGGAAGAUCAAAUGUAUGCAGAAUAUGCAGCUAAUCAAAGUGCUAAUGAAGGUAAUGAAGUUGAAGCAGAGGAGGAUUAGUUUGAUAUAUCAAUCAAAUUUUUAAUUAGCUAGAAUUUUAAGGGAAUAGUCAUUGUAAUUAAUAUGUGCUUUAGUUUAUUCAUAUAUAUAUAUAUAUAUAUAUAUAUAUAUAUAUAUAUUUUGUCCAUUCUUGUGACAAUAGAGUCAUUUUCGUAUUCUUUAUUGGGAAUUUUAUGAGUGUACUCCAAAUUUUAAGGGGGAGAAUUACAUGGAAUUUGUACCAUAUAUUGAAUAAACUAUAUAUACGUUUCUUU